AAAGAUCACGAGUAACCACCCAAGCAGUGCAUAUAGCAUAGCUGGCACUCCAUUCAUAUAUAAUAAUUAUAAUUAAACAAAACCUAACGCUAAAUUCAAGCAAGCAAAUUCAAAGCAAUCAAUGCUAAUCAUUAAUUUAAAUUUCGUAUGGGAUACUUAGUUUUCCUUGAUUGAUGCAUGUAAUACGCAGUUUUGUCCCUCACGUUUUUUGCCCUUCGCCUGUUAAUAUGUAUAGGGCCUUUGCUUAGCGAUCCUUGCUUAAAUUAGAGCUGAAUUCUGACCUUCCCUCGUGGAUAGUUAGACAAGAGAUAGAGGGAAGAAACAUGGCUUUAAGAUGGUUUCUUCAUUCAGCAUGUCAUGUUUUGGGUUACCCAAAGGAACCUAAUAACUUGCAGUACUGCAACAAUAUGGCAAGCAAACAAAAUGGAGGACAUGGCAGCGGAGUCAUUCAGAGCUCAAAGGUCUCAAACUGUGACCAGACGUCCCAGACUACUACAGAAAUGCAUUUCUCAUCGGGGUUCCAGAUGCCCAUCCACUAUCCUCGCUACACAAAAGCAGAUUAUGAGAAGAUGGAGGAGUGGAAAGUGGACAUGCUUCUGAGAGAAUAUGGACUAAGUUUCAUGGGCAGCCUUGAUGAGAAGAGAGCAUAUGCAAUGGGGGCAUUCUUGUGGCCUCAUCAAUAUUGA